GAGAAAUUUCCCUGUCAUACAUAAUAUAUGAUUCUGUUAUAUACUAAAUAUUAAACUCAUUUAAUUCAAUGUGACUAAAAUAUAUAAAGUAUAAAAAUUAAAAGAAUGGAUCACAUAUAUACCAACUAUUAGAAAGAGACAAGUUUGGUUGAGUUAAUGGAAAUAUAAAUAAAGAACAAAGUAGAGUAGAUAGAAAAAGAGAGAGAGAGAGAGUAAAACAAAAAAUGGAUGUGAAGAAAAUAGCUGUGGUUGUAGAAGAUGUGGAUGCAGCUAGAACAGCUCUAAAAUGGGCUCUAAUAAACAUCAUUAGACAUGGUGAUAUAAUCACACUUCUUCAUGUUUACAAUUCUAAUUCUAACACAAGAUCAAGAUCAAGAAGAAGUAGAAGCAAAGCUCGUCUUCUUCGCCUCAACGGUUUUCGAUUAGCACUUUCCUUUCAAGACAUUUGCAACAAUUAUCCAAAUACAAAGGUUGAGAUUAUCGUGACAGAAGGGGACCAGGAAGGAACAAAGAUUGCUGCUACUGUUAGAGAGAUCGGUGCUUCUAUGCUUGUUGUUGGACUACAUGAUCAUAGUUUUCUUUACAAAUUCGCAAUGGCCCAUUCCCAUAUCAAUUUCAACUGCAGAGUACUUGCCAUCAAGCAGCCUCAUCAUGGUGACACACUAAGUCCCAUGAUAUCAUCAGUAGCUGUUGUAGAUAGUUCAACCAACUUGGACUUUUCACAAAUUGACAUUUCUAAUUUACAAAUUGCAUUAUUGCAGAGUACCUCAUACCCCUUCACCAAAAAUUCGAUACAGAAUCUGUCCAAACCCAUCUGCAAUUAUUUGGAGAACAAGGAGAAGCUGAUCAAGGACACAAUAUCUCAGUUCACAAUUUUUAUUUCCUUCUUCUUCUUCUUGUUGUCAAUAUGCUAUAAUAAUUUAUGUUCACCUACGACACAUACACUGUAUACAAAAAAAAGAGUACUAAUUACUAAUUAACAUAGCACGUAUAAUAAUCUGGCCUUUUUAAAAAAAAAAAACAUAGCACGUAUAAUAAUCUGUUGUUUAUGCCUUCAUAAGUUUCUUAUUGUGUAAAUUAAAGGCUAUUGUUACAACAUUACUAGUACAAUACCAUCAAACCAAUAACAUCAUUUUUGUUGUACUAGGUCUUAAAUUAUUAUACGAAUCUUGCACAACGUAGAUAACGCCGAAGAUGCUAUGACAUGAUUCUCAAUGACGCAGCACAAUUUUUCUUACCUGUUCACGUUCCUCCCAGUCCCCCUCAAUUAUCACUAUACAACAAACAUAUAAGAGUACAUGUGUCAAUUCCACGAAUCAUUUCUUAGUGGAACUAUUUUUUAUGAGUACAAUGUUCAACCACCUCAGUUGCAAU